AUUCCCGUUUGGCGUUGCAAACAGAGAUGGAUUAAAGUUUCAUUUCACAUCGACAACUAUAUUCGCGUACCAGUGAAGACCGUCAACUAUUAGAAGCCAUAAAAAUAAAAGCUAUCGGUGCAAAGCAACAUACUAGUAGUUUAGUGACCAAUCGAUUGAAAAUCACAUGAAUUCCUUAUGAUUUUCUAUCGCUACCAGAACAAGUGUUUAACGAUCGUCAUGUGAGUGAUCCGAAUUUAUAUGGGUAUAGUGAUACAGAAAGAUUAACUACCGAUUUAAAGGCCACACCAUCGAUAAAGUGAUUAUAAAACGUGAUUGCAGUAGCGGAAAGUGUUUGCAGUAUUCAACCCAGGAUUAGUAAAAGCUUCCUGCAAUAUGCUUCCUGUCUUAACAGAUUUUAGUACAUUUUUCAACAGACUUUGCAUAGUGGUGACAGUAUUUAUAACCGUGAAUCUUGGACGAAUACGGGCCGAUAACUGUGGGCAGGAGGAGCUGACCAAGUGUGCCCGUCCGUUCCAAGUAAUACAAUCGACGACGGAUCUGUCCAUAGCGACGAAAAAGGAGGAUCUGGAUAAAAUAUGCCCUGAUCUAAAUAAUGGGCUACACUGUAUACGCAGCUACACGCGACGUUGUAUGACCCUGGAGCAGCGCAACCGAUUCAACAAGCUGUACAACGGAACUAACCAAUUCGUGCGAGACCUUUGCAAUGAGGGUGACUACCAGCGCGAAUUCCUUUCACACGCACCCUGCCUACAGUUGGUCCGACCGGACUAUGAAGUUUGCGGACGACGGUACCAUCACACCGUAACGGCAAUAACGCAACAGUUCCAGCCCGAGGAUCACCAACACCAGCAUCAUCACGGACACCAGGGGCCGCAACAGACGGACGGGGAGUUAAGUGAUCGCCAGCACGAACGGCGCCAUCGGAACCAUCGGACGGCCAGCCGCACCGAUGAGGAUGACGUGCUGAGGGUGUGCUGUUCGUUCAUGGAGUAUCUCGAUUGUUCGGAAUCGGCAGCCAGAAAUACGUGCGGUCGCGAUACGGCCAGGUUCACACGCGGCUUCUUGGACAAGAUGUCGUCGACGUUAAUCAAGAUGUACUGUGAGGAUUACUACAAAUCAAACAAAUGUCCUUCAAUGUACACAUCGUCGUCCAGCAGUCGUUGGAGUCAAUUACACAGUGCAAUACUCCUUCUGGUUCCCACGAUCAUUAGCUCCAUCAGCAGCUGGUCUUCCUUCUGGUGGACGUUUCGAUCAGACGCUGCGUUACGGUUACGAAAAUGUAACGUUCCAAGCGUUAUUCUAUAAAAUUAUCAAACAGCUUAAUACCUGCUUUCGCUGGCUAUUGUAUCAUUCGAGAAUAUUCAGCUAAUGUAAUUUAGUAUAGUAUAGCACAUAGAACUAAUUCGGAUUCACUCACUUUCCGUAUUAUCUCGGCAUAGGUAGCAAUCGUAUCUCCGACGAGGCAUUACACAUAAAUUGUUUCAUUCUUGUCUGUUUAGUUAAUUUAAAAAAAAGGCAAAGCCGUUAUCUUAAGACGUCACUAUUACAUAAAAUGACAAAUUAAUUUUAAACACCCGAAUGAUCCGUGCCCGUAGUUCCCCUUCCGUCGCACCAUGAUUGGCAAAUUGGACACAAUACAGGCAAUGGGGCAGGGCAAUCGUUUGAAUUGUGCUCUC